AUUUUUUUAAAACUUAUGAAAACAGAGUCAAAUAUGAAGAAACACAAUGUAACCGUCACAGUAAAUGGAGACAAGUCCCAGAUGCCUUCAAAGUAUAUUAUCCACGUUGAUGUUUCUGGAGGUGAAUACAAAAAGAGAAUCACAGAUGUCUUUAAAAAAGUUGAGGAGAUGAAAUUAAAAUCAGUGGCAUUUCCAGCUCUGGGUACAGGACAAGGAGGUCAUCAACAGAAAGUUGAGGAUUUUGCUCAGGAAAUUUUUGAUGCUGUAAAUAAAGUAUCCUCCAGUACAAAGACGAUUUCAGAGGUUCAUGUCAUUAUAUAUGACCAUCAGAUGACUCAACAGUUCAUCAUAGCCAUGCAGAAGUGUUUUGAGGCAAAAGGAGCGAAACCUAAAGGAUAUUUUGAUAUGUUUUCUAACUUUCUUUCAGGGGGAAAGCAUGAAAGUAGUAAAAGAUGGAAACCAGUGUUUGCAGACAAACCAGAGGACCAGUCUUCUGCAGUCAUUGUGGUUUUUGCUGACAGCGAUAAAGAUAUUGAGGCAGGAAUAAAAAAAUUAGAGAGCCUGCUAGAUGCAGAUUUCACCACGAAAGAUUAUCCAGACCCCAUAAUUAAGCAUAUUACACAAGGACAGGUUAAUGCUCUUCACAAUUUGAAACAAAAAUUUGAUAUCGAUGUUACAAUUGAUAAAGAGAAAGGCGUUGUCACCCUUCACGGAACCAAUGAGGCAUUACUGGAAGCUGCUGAUCAUGUCCAUGGUCUGCUUCGAGAUGCCGAUCGCAGUAAGCAAGCAAAACUGGAAGCAGAACUUGUCUCCGACAUUGUGCAGUGGUAUUUUGUUGACAACUCAGAUGGCCAAAAUGAAUUGCUGGCGUACCCAAAGAACAUUAACUUGCUGGUGGAGAAAGCUUACCGCAACAAACAGCCGGAUGUGAAAUUUACAGAUCAAGCAGGGACUGAGUAUACGAUCAACUUCAACAACAUGGAGGAAUACCCGAGCGAUGAUCCAACAGAUGUCACAACGGUGACCCGUAGAGACAAAAUCAAGGAUUCGACAUUUGAACCUCCACCAGAAUGGUCCCAGAUGAAGGACUCGGAGAACCUGGUUGUAGUCAUGGUACAGAGUGGUUCACCAGAGUACACUCAUGUUAUCAAUAAAUUCCAGCAAGAAGUAGGAAACAGGAACAUAGUCAAGUUGGAGAGAAUACAGAACAAGAUGCUGUACCAACAAUAUGUGGCCAAAAAGAAGUUGUUAGAUACUCAGAAUCCCCCUGGUACACAGAACGAGAGAGAACUCUGGCAUGGGACUGCUCCAGAGGCAGUUAACAGUAUCAACUCUUUAGGCUUCAACAGGAGCUACUGUGGCAAAAAUGCUGUGGCUUAUGGUGAAGGAGUUUAUUUUGCUGUAAACGCAGGAUAUUCAGCACAGGAUACAUAUUCCAGACGAGACCCAAGUGGAAAUAAGCGAAUGUACUUGUGUAAAGUCCUGACCGGGGAAUUUACUGUUGGCAAGGGUGGUAUGAGGGUUCCACCUGCAAAGGGUCAACAGUCACAUAUUCUGUAUGACUCAGUGGUAAACAAUAUGGCAAAUCCUGUUAUGUACAUUAUAUUCAAUGAUACCCAAGGCUAUCCUGACUAUCUCAUCACAUUUCAGUGAGAUUUAAUAGAAUGAAAAAAUUUGAAAAAUUUCUAUGCUAAAUUUCUGAACAAGGAACGUUGACUUUGCAUUAUAUAGAGUGAAUUUUUGCAAUAUUUUGAGUAAAACUUAGACAUAAAUACAAAGAAAGUAAUAGAUAGUGGUGAUAUUGAAAUUUGUUAAACUAGUACUAGAAUUUGAAGUUGUAAUCUAUAUUUUCGGAAUGACAUACCGUAAUUAUCAUAUAAAUAAUUAUAUUUAAGUACUAGUAAUUUAAUUCUGUAUUACCCUGGACUCAAGUUAUACAAUUCAUCAGA